GCGCCGACCGGCGGCAGCGAGCGGAGGGGCGGCCGCCGGGCCGCCGCCAGCAGGGAGGAUCCGCUGUGGUGCUGUUCCAAAAUGCACAGGACCACCAGGAUAAAGAUCACCGAGCUCAACCCCCACCUGAUGUGCGCCUUGUGCGGCGGCUACUUCAUAGACGCCACCACCAUCGUGGAGUGUCUGCACUCCUUCUGCAAAACCUGCAUCGUUCGGUACCUGGAGACAAACAAGUACUGCCCCAUGUGUGAUGUCCAAGUGCACAAAACCAGACCCCUCCUAAGCAUCAGGUCAGACAAAACGCUACAGGACAUAGUGUACAAACUGAUCCCGGGGCUUUUCAAAGAUGAGAUGAAGAGGCGGCGCGACUUCUACGCAGCCUACCCCAUGGCAGAGGUGCCCAACGGGUCCAACGAGGAUCGUGGGGAAGUCUCCGAGCGGGACAAGGGGAACCUGACGGAUGAUGAGAUCGUCAGCCUGUCCAUAGAGUUCUAUGAAGGGUCGAGAGAAGAAAAGAAAGGGAACGUCGAGAACAGGGACCUGGAGAAGGAGAAGAGGAACGGGCUGCGGUUCCUGCGCUGUCCCGCUGCCAUGACCGUCAUGCACCUGGCCAAGUUCCUCCGCAACAAGAUGGACGUGCCCAGCAAGUACAAGGUGGAAGUCCUCUAUGAAGACGAGCCCCUGAAGGAGUAUUACACCCUGAUGGACAUCGCCUACAUCUAUCCCUGGAGGAGGAACGGGCCCCUGCCUCUGAAAUACCGCGUCCAACCCGCCUGCAAGCGGCUCAAGCUCACCCACCCGCCCACCUCCGAGUGCACCAACACCAGCGGCGCAUCCGAGUGCGAGUCGCUCAGCGACAAAGCCCACAGCCCCGCCACGCUGCCCGCCACCUCCUCCUCCCUGCCCAGCCCCGCCACCCCGUCCCACGGCUCGCCCAGCUCCACCGCCGGCAGCGGCCCCGCGGCUGGGACCGCCGGCCCCGUGCUCAACGGCGCCUCGAACUGCCACCCGCUGCCGCCCGCCGCCGGACGCUGCCGCAAAGCGACUGUCAAUGGCAGCGUGGCCUCUGCCUUGACCUAAGCAGCGACCACACAGGGACUCCUGGAUGGCUUUUAUAUGUCUAUAUAUAUUAUAUAUACAUAUAUAAAUAUAUAUGUGUACAUAGGAAGAAAAAGAAUGACUAUACAUACUUAUUUUCUAUUGAUUGACCAGAUUAAUUUAAAGUGCAAAUAAGACACAUAAAUG